AUGCCGUCACGGUUUACUCUCAACAGGCUCCGCUUCUGGUCCAUGGUGGCUAUCGUUCUAUUGACGAGCAGCACGAUACUCUUGAAUACUGACCGAAGAGCUGCGCGUGUCAAUGGACAUGCCGUACAUCGUACAUCUUCCACCGAGCCACACUCUCCACAUGGACUUGUCAAGCGCGUGAACAACGGCAAUGAUGCAACCCCAGGCUGGCUAGGCUACCAACCAUCCGAACUAAGCAAACCCGGCGCUCGACCCGACCCCAAAGGCCGAGCCGUAAUCAAAGGCUACAGACUAACAUGCAUGCUGAAAGCCAGCGUCGCCGAAGUCGUGGCAUCAAUCUACCAAUCCAUCGACGACAUGAUCAAGUAUGGCUGGAGGGCCUCCUUCGUCGAUCGCCCAGAUGGCGCAGAAUUCGCAAAAGAGUAUGGUUUAACCAAAGCCUUUACAGACCUGCGAAUCCCAACCAAAGGUUGGACACAGAUCAGCACAGGCAACACAGUCGAUAUCUAUGACCCUGAAGACAACAAGAAGAUGCUCCAUCCUGCAACAUUCGCAACGUACACGACCGAUAUCAAUCUAGCAGCUGGAGCGAUUGUGGCUUCGCAGAGCUAUAAUCCCGAAUUCAUGGCAACGAAAUAUCCUUACGUUUUGGAGAAAGGCGGAACAUUAACGCCACUGUCUCACGUUAGCGAUUUGUUGUUUCUCAGCUGGAAGAAGCUUAUCCGCGAUCGACAAACGGGCAACUUGAAGAAUUUGGAACAUAUGUUUCGGUGGAAUUCGGAGGUCGAGGAAGUACAGCAGCAUUUGAAGAUGGCGGCUGGUGGGAAGGAUAUUAGGCAGAUUGGAGAGGUGAGCAUAUCUUCAAAUCUGUGGAACUUUGCGUUGUGCUUUUUACUGACUAUGGGAUUGCAAUGGCCUGGAGUUUCAUUCCCGAUUACAGAAUUGCAAGCACUAGCUACGUUGAGUGCUGGGAACGCGCAGGGUGUUGCUUGGCUGUUGGGACAGCACAAACAAGCUCUUGGGGUGAAGACUAUCGAUCGUGUCAACAUAUUCAAUUGCCCGGCUCCAGAUGAGAAGCCACAGUGGUGUGUCUACCUGCACAUUGUGCCAGUACAGUGA